CGUGCACACAUCACCGACGUGACGAACCCCUCAAAUUGGAUCCAACGUAUCGAUGCGGCACGGGUUCGACAUUCAGGCCCGCUCAUGUUACCCGAUAUUGAAUCAUCGUCAAAGUAGUGCAAGCAUUCCUAUGAUCUAGGCUACCAUGGAGUCUCAUGCGCCACUAAAGUUCAAAGGGGCGAGGCCCGGCCAAAGGAUCAAGCCGGGGACUACUCUCCGAAUCCUUGGGAUUGGCGACUCCAUCACAGUGGGGUUUCUUAGUGACAUAGACGGAGGGGAUGGUAACGGCUACAGACUGAAGCUCCGUGAAGAUUUGUCGAAUGAUAGAGUUGUCUUUGCUGGAACAGAGACCAUGCAUGGCACAAUGCGUGGAGGGUAUUAUGCAGCCUGGAAUGCCAUGACUAUCAAGUUCAUGUCAGAUAAUGUCGGACCUUCUCUGGCCCAAAGACCUAACAUCGUCCUUGUCCAUGCUGGGACUAACGACAUGAAUCCGAAUCCGGACGUCGCUAGAGAAGGUAGCGAUCCUCACGCUGCAGCAGACCGUUUAGGUCACCUGAUCGACCAGAUCGCACAGACCUGUCCAGAUGCUACAGUCCUCGUCGCCAAGAUCAUUGGCUGUUAUGACCCAGCACAAAUGAGCAACAUCGCUCAGUAUAACGCUGUAAUCCACGAGGCUGUUCAAGCCCGACAAGCGGCCGGCAAACACGUCCUCACUGUCGACUUCUCGAGCUUCCCGAUGAACGCACUGAGAGACGGCAUACAUCCUACCAAUCCGGGCUACCGCUUAUUCGGCGACUAUUGGUACGAUUUCAUCACUCAGAUUCCUAGUGACUGGAUCAAGACGCCUGUUGGGGACGACCCGCGUCGAUCUGGAGAGUUGCGCCGCGAUGCACCCGUCAAAGGAAGAUCAACCAGUCUUUGUGAUCGACUUUUCGGCCUGUUUUUCGGCAGAGAACCAGAACUGGUGGUGAAGGCUUGAAGUCCAGCAAUAGACAUUGAGUAACAGUGGUCCAAUUGAAGAUUAGCCGGUCUCCGACUCCGGUAGCUUCUCCGGGCUCCUCGUUACCUAGUCGGAGGCUUCUACGGGGCAUACUCGUAUGCAAGAUUCGAAGAAUUGGCCGAGAGCUGACCGGGAAACUAAGCGUACUUCCUCAGUUGAUCAGACAUCAGUGCAAGGUAACGAAACCAUAGGGUAUUGUCAGGGCAGGAUAAGACUCCUUCAACCUUUCAACUUCUGUCACUAGAGUUUACAUAUCUAAAAACUAGACCAUUCCAGCUGAAUGUCAAUAUCAGAAGCUCUCCCGAGUCCGUGAAGGAAGCAAUUAUUUCAGCCCGUAAUAAUGUGGCGAUUGAUGCCAAUUUUCCAUAGGGUGUAAUCUUUCACUAAUUCAAUGAUCCCCGGAGACGGUCAAGCGCGGCGCAUAUCGGCUUCAUCAAGACGCGAGCUGCU